ACCUACGUCAUUAACGUGAGACCGUAUUCACCAAACACACAGCAACUUCCGCAAUCGCUGCGAACGACAACAAACCGAAGAACCGGAGAGCCGACAUCACCGAGAAAUAAAACUCUUCUUUAUCAAACACUCGGUCAGUUAUGGUAUGGAGAGCCCGAAUCGGGUGAAUGAGUUCUGGAGACGGAGCGAGACACAGAGGAUCAGCGCGUACGGGAGGACACACCUGCGGACAGGUUUCUGACCGAACCGGCUGCGCUCCGCUGGACCAACUGCGCUCUCUCAUCCGAACCGUGUACUGGCUCCCGGUGUCCCUGCUGCGGGCUCUCCUCCUGCUCCUCGUGUGGCUGUACAGUCCGAUCCACCGAAGCAUGGCGGCCAAAGCUAAAGAUGUCGGUUCCGAGGGCUGCGAUAACACCGGAGAGCAGAUCCGAAACUAUCACAAACAAGCGUUUGAGUUCAUCUCUGUGGCUCUACAGAUCGAUGAGGAUGACAAAGGUGAUAAGGAUCAAGCGGUGCAGUGGUACAGAAAAGGCAUCGCUGAGCUGGAGAAGGGCAUCCGUAUCCAGGUCACUGGUACUGGCGAGAAGGCUGACAGAGCCAGACGACUUCAGGACAAAAUGGUCAGCAACCUCAACAUGGCCAAAGACCGACUGGAGCUUCUGGCCAAACUGCUUCCAAAGUCCCCAGUAGAGGGCUGCUCUGACCCCACUGGCCUGUCCUUCUCCAAUGGGAACCUGCGGCCAGGCAAUGGAGCUGUUUCUAAAAAGACUCUCACAUGUGCAAGUCAACCCCAUCUAUGGCCCAAAAACCCACCCAAACCUCACAGUGCCCCUGUAACUGCCCUACGCCGCACACCUUCAACUGGUCACACUGGCAGGAUCGGCACUCAGAGCAAUCAGAAGGGUCCCUCCACAAGAGGUGCUAACAGACCUAACAGUAAAGCCAGCCACGCCCCCACUGCAUCACCUCAGAAGAAAAGAGACAUGAAGAACUUCAAAAAUGUGGACAGCAAGCUGGCCAACCUUAUUCUCAAUGAGAUAGUGGACAGUGGGUCUUCAGUACAGUUUAAGGACAUCGCAGGGCAGGAGUUGGCAAAGCAGGCCCUGCAGGAAAUCGUCAUCCUGCCUGCAAUACGUCCAGAGCUCUUUACUGGUCUUAGGGCUCCUGCAAGAGGUCUCCUUCUAUUUGGCCCCCCUGGCAAUGGGAAAACUAUGCUGGCUAAAGCGGUUGCGAUGGAAUCUAACGCCACCUUUUUCAACAUCAGUGCUGCCAGUCUCACCUCUAAAUAUGUGGGAGAGGGUGAGAAACUGGUUCGAGCUCUUUUUGCUGUCGCUAGGGAACUGCAGCCGUCAAUCAUCUUCAUCGAUGAGAUUGACAGUUUGCUGUGUGAGAGGAGAGAAGGGGAGCAUGACGCCAGCAGAAGACUCAAAACGGAGUUUCUCAUCGAGUUUGAUGGAGUUCAAUCAGGAGUAGAUGAUCGAGUGUUAGUAAUGGGAGCCACUAACAGACCUCAGGAGCUCGAUGAGGCUGUUCUUAGGCGAUUCGCUAAACGCAUUUAUGUGGCUUUACCUUCAGAGGAGACUCGUUUGAAGCUGCUUAUGAACCUCCUUAGUAAACACGGUAACCCUUUAACUCAGAAAGACCUGAGUCAGUUAGCAAGGAUGACUGAUGGUUACUCCGGCAGUGAUCUGACCUCACUGGCUAAAGACGCAGCUCUUGGUCCCAUACGAGAGCUGAGGCCUGAACAAGUGAGGAACAUGUCAGCCAAUGAGAUGAGGAACAUCCGUUUCUCUGAUUUUGUUGAUUCGCUGAAGAGGAUAAAGCGCAGUGUCAGUCCUCAAACGCUGGAUCAGUACGUACGCUGGAACAGAGAGUAUGGAGACACAACGGUCGUAUGACAUCAACACAGGCAUUUGUGAUCUUAUGCUCCUACAGCACUAUGGAAGGAAGAGAACAUUUCUUUUUAAUGAAGACAGGGAAUAAAAUUUUAUAUUUGACCUUUUCUAAGACUUCUACCUUUUCAGUUGAGACAUUUGUAGCUCAGAGUGACAACUUUGACUGUUUUGAUUGAAUUACUCCCAGAGCUUGAGAUCUCAAACGAUAUGGACAAAAAAGCAUGAUGAAACAAUGAUGUGAGGUGCUUACCUGCAUUUUUUUUUUUUAUGUUAAAUUGUGCUUUUCUACAAAACUGUGCUCUUUCCUUUUUUUUGCACCCUCCUUGAUUCAUAUGUGAUCUGUAAAUCAUUUGUGAACAACAGUCUGUAGUGUUUCUGUGUGUUAUAUGCAGAUGCAUUUGUUCCUUAAUCAUAAUUUUAUUGGUUGAUGUGAUUUCCUCCAUGUAACUUCAGAUAAACCGAAUUCUCAGACGGCUGUUUUGUGGGACAGAAAAUGAUUUUUGUUGUAGUCUGAUGGGCAUUUGUAGCUUUUUGUCUUUUCACAGUCAAACGACCCAAUUACCCUUUGUGAUUUACCCCCUACUAGCACUAUUUUAAUACAUUUAGGUCUUUGUUUGAUCAUUAAAUAUGGCUGACGGUUUCAAAUGCAGUGUUUGUAGCUGCCGUGGAAUUAAUGCCAAAAUGCAUCAAUGGUUGAAUCUCAUGAAACGAAAGAAGUCCAGGUUUAAAUAACAUUUGGUUUUUUGACGAAAAUGAAAAUGAAGACUUUUCGUAUAAGUUGUACUGUUGCUCAAAGGGAUAGGUCACCCAAAAAUGAAAAUUCCCUCAUUUACUCAGCCUUUUGCCAUCCCAGAUGUGUAUGUGUGACUUUCUUUCUUCUGCAGAACACAAAGGAAGAUUUUAGAAGAAUAUUUCAGCUUUGUAGGUGCAUUCAAUGCAAGUGAAUGGUGACCAAAACUUUGAAGCUCCAAAAA